AAUUGGAGACGAGGAUGUUGUGAGGCCAGUUUUUGCACCUUGUCAGUUUGUUAAGAGCGUGAGGACGGCCUGAAGGCUGAGCUAAAGGGCAUCUGUGAUGGAGGCACGAAAAAAUGAAAAGAAUGAAGCUAAAGGUAAGGGAGGAAGUAAAGGCUCCCAGGGUGACCGAGCAGAGAUCAUCUCUCAAGUAGAAAGGAUACCGAAUGUCAGUGCCCUGCCCAAAGCAGUGAAGAGGAGAGUGUACGCACUGAAGAGACUGCAGGUCCAGAGCGCUCAUAUAGAGGCCAAGUUCUAUGAGGAAGUCCAUGAGCUAGAGAGGAAAUAUGCUGGUCUAUAUCGGCCCAUCUUUGACAAGAGGCGGGCAGUGUUGUCUGGAGAAGUGGAGCCCACAGACGAUGAAUGCGAGUGGCACAGUGAAGGUGAAGAGGAAGAGCUGUCUGAGGAUAUGAAGAAGAAGGCUGCUCUGGAAGAGAAGAAAGCCGAAGAUUCAGCCGCUGCUGAGGACGCUAAAGGCAUCCCAGAGUUCUGGCUCACCAUCUUCAAGCAUGUGGACAUGCUGGGGGAAAUGCUACAGGAGCAUGACGAGCCCAUCCUGAAACACCUGCAGGACAUCACAGUGAAAUUCUCGGCACCAGGAGAGCCAAUGAGCUUCACUUUGGAGUUCCAUUUCGAACCCAACAGCUACUUCAGCAAUAAUGUUCUCACUAAAACGUACAAGAUGAAAUCAGAGCCAGAUUCAGCAGACCCUUUCUCAUUCGAGGGGCCAGAGAUAGUGGACUGUGAGGGCUGCAAGAUAGACUGGCAGAAAGGCAAGGACGUAACUGUGAAAACUAUUAAGAAAAAGCAGAAGCACAAAGGUAGAGGAACAGUGAGGACCAUCACCAAGGAUGUGCCACAAGAUUCCUUCUUUAAUUUUUUUAAUCCUGUCAAAGUAUCUCCAGAUGGAAUGGAUGAGGAUUUGGACUUCACUCUUGCCACAGAUUUUGAGAUCGGUCAUUUUUUCAGAGAGCGGAUCAUCCCCAGAGCGGUGUUGUAUUUCACAGGAGAGGCUUUGGAAGAUGAUGAAAGCUUUGAAGAGGAGGAUGUUGAAGAAGGCGAAGAGGAGGACCUUGAUGAAGAGGGUGAAGAGGAAGAUGAAGGCGAAACUGACCCUACAAAAGCGUCUCAGCCAGAAGAGUGUAAGCAGCAGUGAGAGCAGAGCUGGCCCCGGAGUGAUCUCGUCCCCUGCUGGACCUGCCAUAUACCCUCAAACAAUGCAAUAGAAAUCCAAACACCAUGUAGGAAAUGCAUGAUCAUUUAUGUUUACGCCACACAGAGGUUACCUCUGUGUUCAAAAUAGAGCAUUCAAAAAAAUAUAUAUAGGUGACCAUGUAUAGCAGUUCUGCACUCCACUCUUUUUGAUCUAAGGCCUCUUUUGUAAACUCUUAUGUAUUUGACUGGAUGUUUUGUGCAAAGAGUUUGUGUGUUUCCUCUUCCCCCCCCCCCCCCCCCCCAAGAAUAGUUACCUUUUCUCACUUGUUUGUCACUGUUCCAUGGUUGGUGACAUGCAGAAUUAUGAAAACACCCCUGACUGUUUUCACACUGUAGAUCACUCAGGGUUCGUUUGUUUGUUUUUAAUUUAACAGUAGUUACAGUACAGUGGUUCUUGUCAAGCAUGAAACUGCUGAUAGGUAACUUAUAAUAAAACCUUUCUCUCUGUUACAGCACAGUCAAGUCAGUGUUAAUUUUGGGAAGUCUCCAUGUCUAGCCUCAUGUCGCUAGAUGAAAUGGAGUAGUGUAACUGAAAACAGCGAAGGUUUGCCUUCAAGGCUUAGAUCAGUGUCAACAGAACGGAGCAAUCACUUGAUUGCAGAGCUGCAUUGAUGCCAGUGUGGAGGGUACUUUUAUAAACUCGGUGUAUGCUUCUUAACAUAUUGAUCUUAGCUCUGCUGACCCAGAACAAGCAUCACUCCUGCUCUGACUCUUCUACCAUUUAAUCUUAUUUUCAGUCUAUGUGGCCACUGUGGGGUUUUUUUUGUUUGUUUGUUUUUCCUCCUUAAUUUCAGGUUUAGCACUGUUUUCUUUUAUAUUUGCUUUAAACAUAAGCCUAAAGGUUGCCAAUGCUAUUUUGCUACAGUAUUCAGAGUGAUGGGAUUUUUUUUUUUUUCUUAUUUCAUUUUGUUCGAUCAGGAUCUUGGGUGAAAAGCAGCAGGCGACGGUUGGCCUCAUGGCUUUCUUUUGCACAUCAAUGUUAGAUCUCACAAAAAAAAAAAGCGUGGGAAAUAAAAAGUGCUGAUCACUCAUGUUGGACAACACUGACAUUUCAACAAGAAGCACUUUUACUUUGGUCUGGCUUUUCAGCGAGGUUUCUUUUGUUCUGUGAUUUUCAUGCUUAGAUUUUUUUUUUUUUUUUUUUUUUAAGUUGCUCAUGCGUGAGAGAGGGCAGAUCUUAAAGCCACUGCCCAAGUAUUAACUGUCUGCUAGCAAUGGCCUUAUGGGGAUUGUCUUGGGUUUUAAUGCAAUAUUUGUUUUCAAUUUGUAUAAAAUAGUCAAGAGUAUUCUAUUAAACAUUGUGUAAUGUGA